UUUCUUUCGUGCUGAUUGUUUAGGCACUGGAACUUCGCUGUUCAAAUGGCUAUUAAUUAGUAUUUUCCGUUAUUAUUAUUUUUAUUGAUAAGUUUUCACUGUUCAAUGUGUUAAAUUGGAAGUGGAUUCGAUUCUAUUUGACUAAAGAGUAGUGUGCUUGCUGGAAAGAGUAAUAGAUUGCUUGGAGCAAAAAUUUGAUGCAAGGAAUCAAGGGAACUGGAGCGUUUGAUGAACCCUAAACAUUCGAGACAAACAUUUUGUUGAAUUUUCUAGAAUUUCCCAGUUGUUUGGUUGACUCACAGUCUCACAGAGCAUUCCUUUUGAAAGUAAUUUAUUUUUCCCUGUUGACGAUUUCUUUAAUACCUGAAAAGUGAGAACAGUAGAAAUGUAAAGUUGAAAUUUGAAAAAUUAAGUUUUAGUUUUGAAUGUGGAAUAUAUUAGCUAUUUUUUUUAAAAGAAUAGUUCAUCUCUAAGUGGCGCACAUUUUUAGUUCCCAAAGACCGAAUUGCCCUGCAUUUUUCAAUUGCUUAAAGUUGAAACUCUAUCUUGAUCGUUGGUCAAAGGAUUUCCUCUAACCGAAGCAUGUGGAUUAGUAGUUUAGAAGGCAUGGUUGACUGGUCCAUAGAAGAUGGAACCCAAUGGUAGUAGUUCGAAUGCCCACCAGAAUCACUCUUCAGAGGGUUCACAUGAUGCCAGCAAAGACAAGUCCACUCAGAAAGAAGUCUUUGUAAACCAUGCUGAGAUAACUUGGCAUCAAAAGAGGAAAGAAUGGGUUGGUAAUCAAUCUGAGAAACUGGAGAGACCACCAAAAGAUUCAAUUGUGAGCUUGUCAACAAGUUAUGAGGAUCUGCUUUUAUCUACAGAACCUUUUCAACAGCCAAUACCAUUAGCAGAGAUGGUGGAUCUUUUGGUGGAUUUUUGGCAUGAGGAAGGUCUCUAUGAUUAGAUGAUAUAAUUCUACUGUAAGUUUCAGUAAGAAUCUUGCACGGUUUUGUUUGUGCAGAUUGUUGCUGAGGCAAACUUGUUUGGUGGAUAAACCGUUUACCCUUAGGAUUGAUUAAACGAUAGUAUAGUUGAUGAUUCUCCUGGUAAAACAAACAAGCUUCAUUGCAAUUUAGAUUUGAAAAAUCUCAAGAUUUGUUAAUCAUAUUGUCGCUGCUGCUGCUGCUUAGAAUUUAUCUA